AUGCCUCGAAUAAUAUCAAUGAAAGCAGAAUAUUUAAUAUUAGUUAGUUUUUCAAUGACAAUUGCUGUUGUAACAAAUGCUUUCUAUACUAAAAAACAAUUCUAUCCAUCUGUUGUUCAUUUAACAAAAUCAAGUACAAGUCUUGCUGUUCUUUAUCUUCAAGCCUUUGUACUUACUGUUUUAUUUGGUAAACUUGUACAAAAAAUAUUUCUUGGACCACUUCGAGCAAUUGAAACUGAACAUCUUUAUGAUCGUACAUGGUUUUCAGUAACUGAAACUUGUCUAGCAUUCACAGUUUUUCGAGAUGAUUUUAGUUCACGUUUCGUUGCUUUAUUUGCAAUUUUACUUUUUCUUAAAUGUUUUCAUUGGUUAUUAGAAGAUCGAGUUGAUUAUAUGGAACAAAGUCCUGUUCUUGGUCCAAUAUUUCAUGCACGCAUUAUUAGUCUUUCGAGUGCUUUAAUUAUUCUUGAUUAUUUAUUCAUUAUAUCGGCUUGUACACAUACAAUAGCAAAAGGUGCAUCUGUGCAAAUUGUGUUUGGUUUUGAAUAUGCUAUUCUUCUUGUAUCUGUUGUUUUAACGGCAAUUAAAUAUAUUCUGCAUACAAUAGAAAUCCGUACCGGUGAACAAUGGGAAAAUAAAGGCGUAUUUAUGCUUUAUUCUGAUCUUAUUCUUGGCUUUAUUCGUGUUUGUCUCUACAUAUUAUUUAUGAUUGUUAUGAUGAAAAUUCAUACAUUUCCAUUAUUUUCUAUUCGACCCAUGUUUAUUGCAAUGAGAGCAUUUCGUAAAUCUUGCAAUGAUGUUAUUGAAUCACGACGAGCUAUUCAUGAUUUAAAUACAAUGUAUCCUGAUUUAACAGCAGAUGAACUUGCUAAUGUUGCUGAUCCAACAUGUAUUAUAUGUCGAGAAGACAUGCAAGUACAACAAAGUAUCAAACGUCUUGGUUGUCAACAUAUAUUUCAUAAAAAUUGUUUACGUUCAUGGUUUCAACGACAACAAGCUUGUCCUAUUUGUCGAAAACCUGUCUUACGAUCUAGAGCAACACCAACUCCUAAUGUACCGGCCGCAGCACCACAACAACCAGCUCAAGUACCUAAUGUUGGAGUUCAAAUACCUCCCGCUGGUGCCGUCCCACCAUAUUCAUCCUCUACGGCUCCACCACCUUCAACUUCUACUUCAUCAACAACUAUACCACCUGUCUUUAACUUCACACCAUUGAAUGCGACAACUACUGAAACAUCAUUACCAUCAAUAAAUACUCCACAAAUGCCAUUUGGUUCAUUUCCCAUGGCAUUACCACCAUUCGCUUUUCCUCCACCACCUUUACCUCCUCUUAAUUUUAUUGGAAUGUCCGAAGAAACCAUUCGAGCUAUGGAAGGAAUUGAGUUAGCACAUGUUCAAGCACGUAUACAAUGUUUACGUAAUGUUAGAACUUUAUUAGAUGCAUCAAUGACACAAAUGCAACAAUAUAUGAAUAUUGUAUCAACGCAAAGUAAUAUGGAUAAUGGUACAUGUUUAUUAAAAAAUCUUAAUAAUGAUGUUAAUCAAGUAAUAACAUCUUCACAAAAUCAACAAAUUGAUGAAAAUGAUACCGAUCUUAUUCGUCGUCGUCGUUUAGAGCACUUAGCAAGUAAAAUAACAACUUCAUCAUCAACAGACACACAAGAUGAUAAAAGCAAUACUGAUGCUUAA